AUGUCCGCUCCCUCGCCGGACACGUCUGCCCCGCCGCCGCAGCCAACCACGGGCUGCCACGUGUCCCCGCCGCCGCCGUGGGCCCGCGAGCCCAGAUCCGGCCUGCGGGGCCCGAACCCUCGCUGCCGCAGGACCGCGUCGGCCCCGUCGCCCCGAGCGCGCCGCCCGCUCGCCGGCGUUGCGCGCCGCCGCCCGAGCCGCCCGGAGCUCCGCGUCCGAGGCGCCCCGCGCUCGCCGCCGCCGGCGGCCUCCGUCUCCGCCUCCGCCGCCGAUGGCCGGCGUCCGCCGCCCGUGACCUCGCCGCGCCGCCCUUCCAUCGCGCUCCGCCGGGUCCCGUCGUCGCCGGCCGCCUCCGGCGCCGUCCCCGCUCCUCCCCGACGUCCCCGCGCCUUGUCGCCGGCGCCGCCCUCCUCGCCGGAGUUCACCGACCGGAUCCGGUGGAUCGGGACGAGAUCCACCGGGAUCUCAUCCAAACGCCGCGCCUCGUCCCGGAUCUCUCCGUCCCGAACCGCUCCGUCCCGUUGA